AGCUGUCCGUGACACGCUCUGGGGCUGUAACUCUUGUCUUAAACUUUCCUCUAAAGCCCUUGGCUCUCUUGCUUGGAAAGCACCUUUGUCCUCCAGAAAUGAGGAUCUCCUUGCUGAAUAGCUGCCCUGGUUUCCUGUGGUGGGGAGACCAAUGCUAAAUGUCAGGUUUGGAUGCAGUGGUUGUGCUUUCAGGACAGCAGCAAUGAAGCACUGUUUCUACAAUGAGACUGUGGGGUUCUUCUACAACAACAGCCGCAAAGAGCUGACCACAUACUGGAGGACAAAGGAUGUCUUGGUGGUUGCCCUGGGCUUGACAGUGAGUGUCAUUGUGCUCCUGACCAACCUGCUGGUCAUCACUGCUAUUGUCAUCAACCGGCGGUUCCACUAUCCCAUCUACUACCUGCUGGGGAACUUGGCAGCUGCUGACCUCUUUGCUGGCAUUGCAUACAUGUUUCUCAUGUUCCACACGGGGCCCAGGACAGCAGAGCUCUCCCUGAAGACCUGGUUCAUCCGCCAGAGCCUACUGGACACCAGCCUGACCGCCUCUGUGGUGAACCUGCUGGCAAUUGCUGUAGAAAGGCAUCAGACUGUUUUUACCAUGCAGUUACAUAGCAAAAUGUCCAACCAGCGUGUGAUGAUCCUGAUCUUCUGUAUUUGGGUCACAGCCCUGCUACUGGGGCUCAUCCCAUCCUAUGGCUGGCACUGCCUCUGUGCCCUGGAGAAGUGUUCCAGCAUGGCACCACUCUACAGCAGAAGCUACCUGACCUUCUGGGCCAUCUCCAACUUGGUCAUCUUCCUGAUCAUGGUGGUUGUGUACACACACAUUUUCAUCUAUGUCAAAAGGAAGAUGACACGGAUGUCCAAGCACACCAGCUUCCACCCCCGCUACAAGGAGACCAUGAUCAGCCUUGUCAAGACAGUCACUAUUAUACUCAGUGCCUUUGUUAUCUGCUGGACUCCAGGACAAGUUGUGCUCCUACUGGAUGGCUUGGGCUGCAAGAGCUGCAAUGUUCUAGCUGUGGAGAAAUACGUCCUUUUGCUGGCAGAGAUCAAUUCGUUGAUAAAUGCUAUUGUCUACUCUUACAGGGACAAUGAGAUGCGCAGCACCUUCCGGAGGAUCCUCUGCUUCAUCUGUUAUAGGAAUUCCAAAUACACCCCUACAGUAGUGAAGUUAAACACUACAGACCGCAGAACGCUUUCGCAAAAUGGGCACUUUACUGUGGACUCCUCUAUUUAGUUCCUCGGUGCCAUGCUUGUCUCCACUGGUCAACAGCAAUCCUUUUCUGACCAGAAGAGCAGAGACUGAGUGACCUGCUUCCAAAGCAGUACUGACUUCUUUUAUGUUCUCAAGCAUAAAUAUUUGUAUAAAAUACUUGUCAUCCAUUUGGGGACAAGAAGCUUUUAAGGAACUGAAUGGUGCGUUAUUUAGGACAAACAUACUUUGAGUAGUGUUCUUAUUAAAGACUGCUAUUUUUAAUGCAAAAUUGAUUUAAUUUAGCAGCAUCUAGAAGUAUGCUACAUGCAACAAGAAUCUCGUGUGACUUUCCUCUCCGUGAGCAAGGUAUUUUCUUGGUACUUCAGUAUUACUGCCUUCAGAAAUAGUCAUGUGGUAGCAUAUUCCAGAGUCAAAGCCCAAAGCUCUUAAGCUCUACUCAUUGCUUCCUAGACAGAGCUGCUUUCUGUUUCCCAAGGGAGUCUUGUUCAGGCUGUGUUCUACGACUUUAAGAAGUCACCUUCUUCUAAAGGCCUCUUAGGAGGGGGAAAUCUGUGAAUUACUUCCUGAGAAGCAGGUUGUUGCCUUCCGAAGCGUCUGUUACUGAAUUUCAAAGUAUUUUGGGCUUCUGUAAGAUGUAUGAGGAGCACUUUCCUAAAAUGUUGAGUGGUGCCUCAACUAACUGCAGUUGUUUGUUCUGCUAAGUGAUACUAGGUGGUAUUCAUAAAUUGAUUGCCUAUUCAUAAAUGUUGGAGUCAUAGUCCCAUGAAAACAUCUUUCUACUCUCUGAAAGCCCUUUGGGACAGGUUUACAGUAGAUUCCAAGGCAAAUGGUAUUUUGCCUUAGAUAUUAAUGUGCAGUUCGUACCUUAACACUCAACUGUCCAAAUAACGUGUUAACAGUCUAUUCAAAUGUAAUCUUUCUCUCGGCAAAGCAUCAUAAGAAAUUAGCAGUAUUUUUAACAUUAGUGUAUGUAGGACGUAGUUCUCUGAGUAAAUCCACUUACUGCACCUGCCAUACAGUGUAAACUGUUGCUCUUGCUUUUGAGAUCAUGACUGGAGAACAGAUGCUUUGCUGGCAAGAGAAUAUUCAUAACUUGACCAAGAAACUGUAAAUAUUUUUCCAGGUUCCUUUUACCCUAGUGCUUUGUUAAGAAUGUGAAAGUACCUGCAUCAGUCCAGUCUUUUACCACAGGCUCCAGUGGGAGCAGAGAGGCCAACAGGAAGCAGUUCUUUAAAAUUCUAAAUUUAAAGGCUUCAGUAUAAAAUUUUCGGUGUUUAAAAAAAACAAAAAA